GAGCCCGCCCCGCCGCCGAGCGUCACCGAACCUGCUUGAAAUGCAGCCGAGGAGCCGGGGCGGGCGGCAGCGGCGGCGGCGGCGGCGGCGGGGGCAGCGGCAGCCCCGGCGCCGCGGCAAGGACUCAGAGGACUGAGGAGCGGCGGCGGCGGCGCGGGGAGCGCGGGGCGCGGCGGCCGGAGCCCCGGGCCCGCCAUGGGCCGCCCCGAGCCGGGCGCUCUCCGGCCCCUGGCGCUGCUGCUGCUGCUGCUGCUGCUGCGGCUCCAGCAUCUCGCGGCGGCAGCGGCUGAUCCGCUGCUCGGCGGCCAAGGGCCGGCCAAGGAGUGCGAGAAGGACCAAUUCCAGUGCCGGAACGAGCGCUGCAUCCCCUCUGUGUGGAGAUGCGACGAGGACGAUGACUGCUCAGACCACAGCGACGAGGACGACUGCCCCAAGAAGACCUGUGCAGACAGUGACUUCACCUGUGACAACGGCCACUGCAUCCACGAGCGGUGGAAGUGUGAUGGCGAGGAGGAGUGUCCUGAUGGCUCCGAUGAGUCCAAGGCCACUUGCACCAAGCAGGUGUGUCCUGCAGAGAAGCUGAGCUGUGGACCCACCAGCCACAAGUGUGUACCUGCCUCGUGGCGCUGCGACGGGGAGAAGGACUGCGAGGGUGGAGCGGAUGAGGCCGGCUGUGCUACCUUGUGCGCCCCGCACGAGUUCCAGUGCGGCAACCGCUCGUGCCUGGCCGCCGUGUUCGUGUGCGACGGCGACGACGACUGUGGUGACGGCAGCGAUGAGCGCGGCUGUGCAGACCCGGCCUGCGGGCCCCGCGAGUUACGCUGCGGCGGCGAUGGCGGCGGCGGCGCCUGCAUCCCGGAGCGCUGGGUCUGCGACCGCCAGUUUGACUGCGAGGACCGCUCGGACGAGGCAGCCGAGCUCUGCGGCCGCCCGGGCCCCGGGGCCACGUCCGCGCCCGCCGCCUGCGCCACCGCCGCCCAGUUCGCCUGCCGCAGCGGCGAGUGCGUGCACCUGGGCUGGCGCUGCGACGGCGACCGCGACUGCAAAGACAAAUCGGACGAGGCCGACUGCCCACUGGGCACCUGCCAUGGGGACGAGUUCCAGUGUGGGGAUGGGACAUGUGUCCUUGCAAUCAAGCGCUGCAACCGGGAGCAGGACUGUCCAGAUGGGAGUGAUGAAGCUGGCUGCCUACAGGUUCCGCCAACAUUCCUGGGAAACAGGAGGAGGCCCAGGGGGCUGAACGAGUGUCUGCACAACAAUGGCGGCUGCUCACACAUCUGCACUGACCUCAAGAUUGGCUUUGAAUGCACGUGCCCAGCAGGCUUCCAGCUCCUGGACCAGAAGACCUGUGGCGACAUUGAUGAGUGCAAGGACCCAGAUGCCUGCAGCCAGAUCUGUGUCAAUUACAAGGGCUAUUUUAAGUGCGAGUGCUACCCUGGCUACGAGAUGGACCUACUGACCAAGAACUGCAAGGCUGCUGCUGGCAAGAGCCCAUCCCUAAUCUUCACCAACCGGCACGAGGUGCGGAGGAUCGACCUGGUGAAGCGGAACUAUUCACGCCUCAUCCCCAUGCUCAAGAAUGUCGUGGCACUAGAUGUGGAAGUUGCCACCAAUCGCAUCUACUGGUGUGACCUCUCCUACCGUAAGAUCUAUAGUGCCUACAUGGACAAGGCCAGUGACCCGAAAGAGCAGGAGGUCCUCAUUGACGAGCAGUUGCACUCUCCAGAGGGCCUGGCAGUGGACUGGGUCCACAAGCACAUCUACUGGACUGACUCGGGCAAUAAGACCAUCUCAGUGGCCACAGUUGAUGGUGGCCGCCGACGCACUCUCUUCAGCCGUAACCUCAGCGAACCCCGGGCCAUCGCUGUUGACCCCCUGCGAGGGUUCAUGUAUUGGUCUGACUGGGGGGACCAGGCCAAGAUUGAGAAAUCUGGGCUCAACGGUGUGGACCGGCAAACACUGGUGUCAGACAAUAUCGAAUGGCCCAACGGAAUCACCCUGGAUCUGCUGAGCCAGCGCUUGUAUUGGGUAGACUCCAAGCUACACCAACUGUCCAGCAUUGACUUCAGUGGAGGCAACAGAAAGAUGCUGAUCUCCUCCACUGACUUCCUGAGCCACCCUUUUGGGAUAGCUGUGUUUGAGGACAAGGUGUUCUGGACAGACCUGGAGAAUGAGGCCAUUUUCAGUGCAAAUCGUCUCAAUGGCCUGGAAAUCUCCAUCCUGGCUGAGAACCUCAACAACCCACAUGACAUUGUCAUCUUCCAUGAGCUGAAGCAGCCAAGAGCUCCAGAUGCCUGUGAGCUGAGUGUCCAGCCUAAUGGAGGCUGUGAGUACCUGUGCCUUCCUGCUCCUCAGAUCUCCAGCCACUCUCCCAAGUACACGUGUGCCUGUCCUGACACAAUGUGGCUGGGUCCAGACAUGAAGAGGUGCUACCGAGCACCUCAAUCUACCUCAACUACGACGUUAGCCUCUACCAAGACGAGGACAGUACCUGCCACCACAAGAGCCCCUGGGACCACCGUCCACAGAUCCACCUACCAGAACCACAGCACAGAGACACCAAGCCUGGCAGCUGCAGUCCCAAGCUCAGUUAGUGUCCCCAGGGCUCCCAGCAUCAGCCCAUCUACCCUAAGCCCUGCAACCAGCAACCACUCCCAGCACUCUGGGAAUGAAGACAGUAAGAUGGGCUCAACAGUCACUGCCGCUGUUAUCGGGAUCAUCGUGCCCAUAGUGGUGAUAGCCCUGCUGUGCAUGAGUGGAUACCUGAUCUGGAGAAACUGGAAGCGGAAGAACACCAAAAGCAUGAAUUUUGACAACCCAGUCUACAGGAAAACAACAGAAGAAGAAGAUGAAGAUGAGCUCCAUAUAGGGAGGACUGCUCAGAUUGGCCAUGUCUAUCCUGCAGCAAUCAGCAGCUUUGAUCGCCCACUGUGGGCAGAGCCCUGUCUUGGGGAGACCAGAGAACUGGAAGACCCAGCCCCUGCCCUCAAGGAGCUUUUUGUCUUGCCGGGGGAACCAAGGUCACAGCUGCACCAACUCCCGAAGAACCCUCUUUCCGAGCUGCCUGUCGUCAAGUCCAAGCGAGUGGCAUUAAGCCUUGAAGAUGAUGGACUACCCUGAGGAUGGGAUCACCCUCUUCGUGCCUCAUGGAAUUCAGUCCCAUGCACUACACUCUGGAUGGUGUAUGACUGGAUGAAUGGGUUUCUAUAUAUGGGUCUGUGUGAGUGUAUGUGUGUGUGUGAUUUUUUUUAAAAUUUAUGUUGCAGAAAGGUAACCACAAAGUUAUGAUGAACUGCAAACAUCCAAAGGAUGUGAGAGUUUUUCUACGUAUAAUGUUUUAUACACUUUUUAACUGGUUGCACUACCCAUGAGGAAUUCGUGGAAUGGCUACUGCUGACUAACGUGAUGCACAUAACCAAAUGGGGGCCAAUGGCACAGUUCCUUACUCAUCAUUUAAAAACUAUAUUUACAGAAGAUGUUUGGUUGCUGGGGGGCUUUUUUAGGUUUUGGGGCAUUUGUUUUUUGUAAAUAAGAUGAUUAUGCUUUGUGGCUAUCCAUCAACAUAAGUAAAAAAAAAAAAAAACACUUCAACUCCCUCCCCCAUUUAGAUUAUUUAUUAACAUAUUUUAAAAAUCAGAUGAGUUCUAUAAAUAAUUUAGAGAAGUGAGAGUAUUUAUUUUUGGCAUGUUUGGCCCACCACGCAGACUCUGUGUGUGUAUGUGUGUGUUUAUAUGUGUAUGUGUGUGACAGAAAAAUCUGUAGAGAAGAGGCACAUCUACGGCUACUGUUCAAAUACAUAAAGAUAAAUUUAUUUUCACACAGUCCACAAGGGGUAUAUCUUGUAGUUUUCAGAAAAGCCUUUGGAAAUCUGGCUCAGAAAAUAGAUACCAUGGUUUGUGCAAUUAUGUAGUAAAAAAGGCAAAUCUUUUCACCUCUGGCUAUUCCUGAGACCCCAGGAAGUCAGGAAAAGCCUUUCAGCUCACCCAUGGCCGCUGUGACUCCUACCAAGGCUUUCUUGGCUUUGGCAAAGGUCAGUGUACAGACAUUCCAUGGUACCAGAGUGCUCAGAAACUCAAGAUAGAAUAUUCCUCACCCUCAGCUACUCCUUGUUUUAAAGUUCAGCUCUUUGAGUAACUUCUUCAAUUUCUUUCAGGACACUUGGGUUGAAUUCAGUAAGUUUCCUCUGAAGCACCCUGAAGGGUGCCAUCCUUACAGAGCUAAGUGCAGACAUUUCCAGAACAGCCCAAGUUUACUAUAGAGACAGACCCAGGCACUGAACGUCUAGGACAUGCUGUGGAUGAGGAUAAAGAUGGUGGAAUAGGUUUUAUUACAUCUCUUAUUUCUCUUUUCCCCUUACUCUCUACCAUUUCCUUUAUGUGGGGAAACAUUUUAAGGUAAUAAAUAGGUUACUUACCAUCAUAUGUUCAUAUAGAUGAAACUAAUUUUUGGCUUAAGUCAGAACAACUGGCCAAAAUUGAAGUCAUAUUUGAGGGGGGAAAUGACAUACGCAAUAUUAUAGUAUAUUGGAUAUUUAUGUUCACACAGGAAUUUGGUUUACUGCUUUGUAAAUAAAAGGAAAAACUCUGGGUA